UUUUGCUGGUAUCCUGCUGUUUGAUUCUGGUUGGGUUUUAGGCGUUUGUUCUCUCUCUCUCCGUCAUCAUUUUGCAGCCCACGACUCUCUCUCGCUCUCUCUCUCUCUCUCAUGUUAUUUGUGCCUCUCUUCUCUCUCUCUCUCUCUCUCUCUCUCAUGUUAUUUGUGCCUAAUCGUGUUAGGAGCUAUAAAUCUGAAUUGGGUUUCAGAGUUGUAUUCUUAUUCCUAUAAUAUCUAGUGUAUAGAUAGAUAUGCCAAGCACUUUGAAAGAAUGGUUGAAGAUAAUCUAUGUGGUCUUUGCCUUCUGCUCUGCCCUCUGUUUGGGUGCACUCAAAAGUUUAUUGGUGGGCCCAAUUGCUUGUUUGAUACUGAUAAUAGGAAAUGUUGGUGUGAUUUUGGUUCUCUUCCCUGCACAUGUUGCUUGGACUGUCUACACCAUUGUCAAGACUAGUAGAUUUGAUGCACCACUUAAAGUAGCUAUCCUAUUUGCUUUGCCUGCUUUAUUUGGUAUUUGGUUGGGUCUGAGCAUAGCUGCUAGUGUUCUUGUGGGAGUGGGCUAUGGGUUCUUCACUCCCUGGGUUUCUGCUUUUGAAGCCUUCAGACAUGAGAAUGAAUCCAAAAAGUUCUUCCAUUGCGUUGUGGAUGGGACUUGGGGAACUAUCAAAGGGAGCUGCACCGUGGUUCGAGAUUUUGCUGACCUUUGCUAUCAUUCAUACCCACUCUACUUGAGAGAGUUGCGCGAAUCCCCCUGUUCGAAUGAGCUCCAACCUCUUAGGUUUAUAUAUGUGCCCGGAUGUAUAAUUGUUGGCCUAAUGGGACUAAUUGUGGAGAUUCCACUUUACACGGCUAUUGCCAUCGUCAAGAGUCCAUACAUGUUGUUCAAGGGCUGGCACCGGCUGAUACAUGACCUAAUCAGCAGAGAAGGUCCAUUUCUAGAAACAGCUUGUAUACCGAUUGCUGGUUUGACAAUCCUUAUGUGGCCACUAGUCGUAAUUGGGAGUAUCAUAAUGGCUGUUUUUUCGAGCUUCUUUAUAGGAUUGUAUGGAGCAGUUAUAGUAUAUCAGGAAAGGUCUUUCCGGAAAGGUGUUGCUUAUGUGAUUGCAAUGGUUGCUGAAUUCGAUGAGUACACUAAUGAUUGGCUUUACCUCCGAGAGGGUUCUAUCCUCCCAAAGCCCCGAUAUCGGAAGAAGAAAGUCUCUCCCACAUCAGAGUUCUCUGUUGGGAAGAAUAAUUCAUCUGAAGGCAGAAUCACCUCUGUUUUCACAGAAGCACCUGCAAUACUUAUGCCUAGCUUAUCAUCUUCAAGGUCGGUUAGAAUGGCGAUACAAGAAGUGAAAAUGGUGCAGGUAUGGGGAAACAUGAUGAAGUCGUGUGAAAUGAGGGGUAAGGAAUUGUUGGAUGCCAAUGUGAUAACACCGGCAGACCUCUAUGACUGGUUGAAGACAAAAAAUGGCAAUGAGGCAGCCAUUGUUGGUGUCGGGUUGCCUUGUUAUGCAUUUUUUCAGACUCUCCUUCACUCCAUUAAAGCUCGAUCGGAUGGUCUAUUGCUUCUCGAUGAUCUUGAAAUCACCCAGCUUAAUAGACCCCAUGACAGAUUGUUGGAUUGGUUCUUCCAACCUGUAAUGGUCCUAAAGGAACAGAUCAAGGUCAUGGAAUUGGGAGAAGGUGAGGUAAGGUUUCUGGAGAAAGUUGUUCUUUUCGGAAGCGACACACAACACAUGGAAACUUGGAAAAAUGGCAGUGUAGUACCUGUAGAUGCUGUAAGAGCUGCUCAAAUUGAUGGCAUCAGCAGAAGGAUGAUGGGAAUGAUAAGAAGUGUGACAAAGUUUCCCACUUACAGAAGGAAAUUUCGCCAGAUUGUGAAGGCCUUAAUUAUAUAUUCGAUAGAGAAGGAGGGUUCCAUCCGAUCAAUUUCUAGUAGAUCAGUCGCUUCUGUCGAAAUUGUGUAGAAGGAACUUCAAUCAAUUUGUCACUUUUUGUGUUUAUAGAUGCUCAUAGUUUAUGAAAUCAUUUUGGUUAUAGUGUAAA